AUGUUAAAAUCAAUAACAAGGAGAAGAAAAAAAUAUAUUUUCUUAGAUUACUUGAUUGUCUUGUUAACAGCACUGUAUCUAAGAAUCAGAAGUGUUGAUAUGGAUUUUUACAGCUCUCUUUAACCUAAUUACUUGUGGCUACUAACCAUUCUAUUUGGAUUGAUGUUCGCGAAAAUAGGUAUUUAUAAAUUAAUGGAUGAAAGGCAGGGUAUGGUGCAUCUUUAUAUGCGUAAUUCUGAACCUAUUCAGCAUCUACUUCCUGAGCAGUACAACUCAUGUGGUUUUUGUAUCUAGCAUUUAUAAAAUGACAUAUGACAGUUUGAUUCUAUUAGUCAUUUGUCACUCUUUGUAUGUAUUUAGAGAAAAAGUGAUUCAAGCCUUGACCUAUUGCUACUUACUUGGGAAGUAUUCAUCUAUAUUUAUAAGAGUUACCUUGAAAUGGCUCAGCUAUUUAUGAAUUUGAAAUAUUUCAAGUACUUCCUCUUCCUCCUCAUCGUCUCUAUAUCAACCAUACGCUUACGAUGCAGACCAUUGCCCUCAACUAAUUACUUUAUCGCCAUUUAACAUCUGUGCACUAUUCGCAUGGCUGUCAUGCUAUUCAUACUACUCUUGUAGGUCCUGUUAAUAGCAAUCAACCUGAAUUCAUUUAUAGGAGCAUUCACCUCCUCCCUGGCAAGAUACAUCAUCUUAUUCAUAUACCCCCUCUAUCUCCUGCCAUUGCUUCGCCAUAUUCAAUAUAUGAGCGAGUCACUCCUGAUAUUAAAUGUUUCAAUCAGUGGCCUGUUAAUAUUUGAUUAGUUGGCCGUAUUUUUGGUGGCAUCCAUAUUCAUUCCCUUCAUAUUUAUCGUGUAAUUUACCUUAUUCAUUAACAUAUUUCAAGAAAUUGAUCCAAAGAUAUCACGCACAAUUAAAUACAUUAACUAUGAUGCCGUUGUUCUAAUUAAUUACAUCAUUUUGAAAUACGCUAAUUCUAAUUACGAAUCAUUUGCAUAACACAAAACCAUAGUCUAUUUUCUAUCCACCAUAGUUGCAGUAUUUAUAUUUAUCAGAAAUAAAAAUAUAUGCAGGAACUUCACAAAUAAGCAGAAUUAUUACAAUAAUACUUAUGAUUAAUUUGAAAGUGCAAGAAAUGAUGAUACUGUUUUGUGA